GAAUAAACUUACGAGAACAAAUAAUUUUUUUUCUUUGAAUAUAUAAGUACAAGUGUGUAGCCGCAUAAUAACUUCAAUUAGAUUCUAAUACAACAAGUAAAAUUUUACAAACUCAACAUCAUGACUCUUGAGAUCAAUUCAUCAGACGAAAACUAUAAAGAUACAAUCACAACACAACCACAUACAAAGCCAGACAUGGUUAUUAAAAACUUUGCCCGGACAUAUGAAACUCCUCCAGGUGGUGGUUAUCAAUCAUUUAUCGAAUCAAUGGGUAAAAUGUUCGGUACUUGUGGUGUCUUUUGUUGUCUUUGUUCUAAUCCUUACAAGGAAGUCAAACAAGGUGAAGUUGGACUUAUUCAAACUUUUGGUGCACUCUCGAGAACGGUGGAACCAGGUCUUUGUUAUGUUAACACUUGGUCUGAAAAGCUUUUCAAGGUAAACAUCAAGAUUAAUAUCAGAGAAAUUCCUGCUCAAAGUUGUUUCACAAGAGAUAAUGUUAGUGUUGUAAUCACCUCAGUUGUUUACUACAAUAUCAUUGACCCUCAAAAGGCUAUAUAUUCCAUCUCAGAUAUUGACAAUGCAAUCAUUGAAAGAACUCAAACAACUCUUAGAGAUGUUAUUGGGUGCAGAAAUUUGCAAGAUGUCGUUGAAAAGAGAGAAGAAAUUGCCGAAUCAAUUGAACAUAUUAUCGCUAAAACUGCCUUUGAUUGGGGUGUUAACAUUGAAUCUAUUCUUAUCAAGGAUUUGACAUUACCUCCUCAAGUUCAAUCUUCCUUGUCAAUGGCUGCAGAAGCCAAGAGAAUUGGUGAAGGUAAGAUUAUUAAUGCCAAGGCCGAAGUUGAAAGUGCGAAACUUAUGAGAAAGGCUGCCGAUAUCUUGGCAUCUAAACCUGCUAUGCAAAUCAGAUAUUUGGAUGCUAUGCAAAACAUGGCCAAGAGCCCUGGUACCAGAGUUAUCUUUAUGCCCUCGGCCCAAGAGAUCGAGCGUAUGGCUGGUUCCAACAUUUCGCCUUCUCAACAACAACAGCAACAGCAACAGCAACAACAACAACAUUCAAGCUUAGGUCAAUUGGAAGAAGAUGAAGAUUGGGCUGGUCAUACUGAAUUAUCACCAGUUCCAACUGGUCGUCACAGACAAAUGGCUGACACAGUUGCCUUGCAAGAAGCUCUUAAACCAUAAAGUGUCUAGCGUUUUCUAGGCUUGUUAUUUUUUCUUCUCAUUAUUCUUAAUUUGUACUUGAAAAGUACACACAUACUUAAUACUUUAAUAUUAUAUGACCACACCAAAA